UUUACCGACACGUUUGGCUUCAGAGUUACUGCCCAUUCCGGAAGUCCUUUUUAUGUUUUGGCCGAAGUGAAAAGGCUUCAAGAUGAAGUUUAACAAGGCAGUGUCUGGUUCCAGAAGGAAGAACAGGGCUCGUCAUUUCAAUGCCCCCUCUCAUAUCAGAAGGAAAAUCAUGAGUGCUCCUUUGUCAAAAGAGCUGAGAGCAAAGUACAAUGUGAGAAGUAUGCCCAUUCGUAAAGAUGAUGAAGUUCAGGUUGUCCGUGGCCACUACAAAGGACAGCAGAUGGGCAAGGUUGUUCAAGUCUACAGGAAAAAAUUUGUCGUCUACAUUGAGCGAAUCCAGAGAGAGAAGGCCAAUGGAGCAAAUGUCCAUGUAGGCAUUCAUCCAUCAAAGACCGUCAUUGUGAAAUUGAAGCUCGACAAGGACCGCAAGAAGAUCCUGGAGAGGAAGGCAAUGAGCCGCGCCAAGGCAAUGGCAGACAAGGGAAAAUACACAGAAGAGACCAUGGAGAGUUAGUUGGAAUGUGUAUUGAAUAAAUGAAGUUACAACUUA